CAUGGAAACCUGUCCUGUAAACAAAACUAAUUUCAUUUUUAUGUCAAGUGAUAUAACACUAGCACUCUGAGCUUUUUUUGUUUGAAAAUUAUAAAUUACUGCCAAUCAUGUCUUACAGGGAUUUGAGGAAUUUCAGCGAAGCCAUGCGCGCCCUAGGCUUCCCCCGACCGAUCUCAUUGGAAAGCUUCCGCACUCCGAACUGGGAGAUGGUGGAGGAGUGCCUGCGAUGGCUCGCGGCCAGGGUGGAGCCAGACGCGGUGCUAGCUGGCGGCCGGGAGACUAUGGAGCAGAGGGUGGCGUUGGUUACCCAUGCUAUCUCCUUGUUUCAUUCAAGAGCGAAUCUCAAGCUGAACGGCAAGAAGAUGUAUGGAGCGGAUGGGUGGGCGGUGCGCGAGCUUCUCAAAGUGGCCACGCUGCUGCGCGCGGCGCUAGAGUCACCGCCGCCUGAUGAGCACCAAACUGAGACUGGAGCGUUGAACUAUGAUGUCAGCUCUAGGUUGGCAGAAAUCAAGCAGGCGCGUGCCUUAGCUACGGACAUAACAGCGCAAGGGGCCUUCUUGUACGAGCUGCUGGCGAAGGAAGCUGAGAACAAGGACCUGCGCGAGCAAGCCCUCGCCCGUCCUCUAGACAUGUCUGCCAUGGAGGCGUGUCUCCGGCGCGCGCUGGACGCCGUCGCCGCCAGGGUCGCCAGCGGCAAGGACCAGAUCGAGAACGUGGCGGCCAGCGAGGCAGCGCUGGACGCUAAGCUGGAGAGGAGACGGGCGGAGCUGCAGAGGGCGGAGAAACGACUACAUACGGUGCAGAAGAUCAAGCCAGCGUACCAGGGCGAGCUGUCGGCGUUGGAGAGCGAGCUGGAGCAGCUGUGGGACCAGUACGUGCUGCGCUACCGCUGCGUGGAGGCGCUCAAACACCAGCUCAGCGUGCUGGAGAGCGCGCAGGCCGAGGCGGCUGAGGAGCAACAGGCCGCCAUCAUGCAGCUGAUACACAAGUACGAGGCUGAAGAUGUUCUUGGAAAACUUAGCGACUCGGCAGAUGACAGUGAGUCGAGCGAGGAGGGCAAGGAUCUGAGCGAGGCGCGGCCGCGCCCGGCCACCAGGCCCAAGACCCGGCUGAGGAUCAAGACGGCAGGUGGAGGGGCGGAGGCCCGGCGCGCGUUCGGCAGCAUGGCGGCCGGCGCGCGCGACUCCCUGGACGAGAUCCGCGACGAGGACGACUCUCGCUCCGACUCCGACCUCUCCGACACGCAGAUCUAUGGCGCGUCGGAGGUGCCGUCGCGCUGGUCGCGCGCGCGCCCGCGCCCCGCCACGCGCACGCUCGCGGCCGAUGAUGAUUUCGCUGACCUCAUUGAAGGCACGGAUCUAGCGGGGGUCGGGGCGGGGUCGGCGGAGUCGCUGGGCAGCUCGUCGGAGAGCGAGCUGCGGCUGACCAGCGCGCGGCCCGGCGCCGCGCACGGCCGCGCCUCCGCGCUCAGCGACAAUGAGUUCUAGAUGCAUCACCUCUCUCUCUCUCUCUUAUGAGCUUAGUAUACUAUCGAGUCGAUUCACAGUAAGAAGCAGCAAACUAAUCAUAUUGCGGUGUGGUUGUCGUCAUGUCGCAAUGCCGCACUGUGAUUGGAUAGCUACGGCUCACUGCCAAUAAAAUUUUUGUAACGUAUACAAACUUAAAGUACUGGACCGAUUUUAAUGUAACUUGGCGCUGAGAUAGACUAGAUCUUCAUGAGUAGACAUAGGCGUAGUUAUAUCGCAAAUUAAUAUUAUAAAGUGAAAAACU